AGGUGCCAGUCCUUACGCCAGAUUCAACAUGAGUGAAGUUUCCUGCAAAAAACGGGAUGACUAUUUGGAAUGGCCUGAGUAUUUCAUGGCAGUGGCCUUCUUAUCAGCACAGAGAAGCAAAGAUCCAAAUUCCCAGGUUGGAGCCUGCAUUGUGAAUACAGAAAACAAGAUUGUUGGGAUUGGGUACAAUGGAAUGCCAAAUGGUUGCAGUGAUGACCUUUUGCCCUGGAGGAGAAUAGCAGACAAUAAGCUGGAUACCAAGUAUCCAUAUGUGUGCCAUGCUGAGCUAAAUGCCAUCAUGAACAAGAAUUCGGCUGAUGUGAAGGGCUGUAGCAUGUAUGUCGCCUUGUUCCCAUGUAAUGAAUGUGCUAAGCUCAUCAUCCAGGCAGGUAUAAAAGAAGUUAUUUUUAUGUCUGAUAAAUACCAUGACAGUGAUGAGACAACAGCAGCGAGGCUCAUGUUUGAAAUGGCUGGGGUUUCGUUCAGGAAAUUUACACCCAAGUGCAGCAAGAUUGUCAUUGACUUUGAUUCAAUUAACAGCCGACCGAGUCAGAAGCUUCAGUGAGUUCCAUCUCAUUAAAUCUCCAGAAGAUUGGGACUGUCCUCUUCUUAGAAGCUGCUAAUGUCUUUCAUCUUGAAGUUGCACAUAACUUUUUAAUGGCCAGCACAGUGCCAGUAGACAUCUAAAGAAUAUAAAGUCUCAAAUCUCCCUUACUGUCCCUCCUGUCACAUGGAAUCUGCAUCAGUUUAAACUAUUGAUUUAAGGCUGAAAAUAAGGAAUCCUGCAGAUGGCUGGCGUGAGGGGUGUCUCCUCCCUGUGGCCCUGCUUGCUGGGAUGCUGGGGGAUCUGCAGAAGAGCCUCUGCUCUCUGUUUCCGACUGCAUUUCAACAGCCACUCCUCGCUGCUGCAUGUGCUGGAAUGACAAAUAAAUAAUUGUUGUGCUCUUAGUGGGGAUGAGCAGACACACUGAUGUGAACAUCUGGCCCAAAUGAAGCAUAACAUGUAGUGCCCUUGGAAAAAAAAAUGGGACCCAAGUGACAGUAGCAUUAAAGUCUGCUGCAGGAGUUGAGGGAAACCCCCACCCAUCCACCCAGAAAACCCAUAUAGGGUGGCACAUCUGUCCUGACAGAUGAUCAGCGCCACUGAAUCAGGAAUAUUUUCUCUGUUCCUGUUAUCCUGCCACACACAUGCUAGUGGCACAUUAUCCCUCUGGGGGUGGGGACCCCUGUUGUUUUGGCUUCUUAUUUUUGGUUUGUUGGUCACGGAGAGCUGUUACAUUUAGUUUAUCUGAAUAAUGAAUUGUUCUCAAAGGACACAGCCCAUCUCCCCUUGUCACCUCCUCGAGACCAUACCCUGCUGUGGUGGCAACGGGGCUGGUGGGGAGGGCAGUGUCAGGCAUCUCCCCCACGCUGCUGCUUCUGCUGUGUGGAAACGGGUUGCCUCUCCUGCACACGCCAACGUGGUUCAUUUCCGAGCAAAUUAAUUCCUGUCCUGAAAGUGAAUUGUGAGAAAUUCCACCCACCUGGAGGCCGUUUAUUCCAGAUCUAUUGGCGACUGGAGCUCAUUUGAGCUCCUGGCGCCAUGCCUUCACCUACACAGAUAUCACCCUCCCCAUCGCUGCGGGUUGGGAGUGUGUGGCUGUGUACCUUGUCUUUAAUCUCAUUUAAUUUUUAUUAAACAUGCUCAGUACCUUUGUUGAGAAAAUGGUUUCUUUAUCUUAAAGAUUAUUACCUUUUUUAGAGUGCUCUUAUGUUUUCAUGAGUUUUUAUUUUGUCUCUGAGGUUUUGUACUCCUGUGUUCUAGGGUAUUUUGUAAUUUGGCUCCUUACCAAUAUUAUUAAAAUCUUAUUAAAAUCUA